CGUGGCACUACUCUAAUGGCCAAAUCCCGCCAUCCCCAAUCCCAUUCCGAUCCAGCCUAUUCCACAUCACAACACGCAUUUACGUCUCUGCUUCUCUCCUUCUCUCCCUCCCAGUACUCCUCCUCCGGGAAGGGAAGCAGCUCCGCCAUGGCUCCCGCCCUCACCUCCAACUCCUUUCGACUCACCUCCGCCCCGCCUCGCCGGAGCUCCACCACCAUUACCGCCUCGGCGGCGGCCCCCAAGCCGAAUCCCUUCGGGAUCUUCUCGACGCCGCCCAAGAAGAAGAAGAAGCAGGGCGGGGAGGAGGGGGACGCAAAUUCCAACCCUAACCCCAAGAAUCCGUUCUCGGUGGACUUCAAGUCGCUGGUGCCGGUGGUGGGGUCGCCGUCGACGUCAGCGCUGUUCGCGGGCGGCGUGGGGCGGCGGCGGAAGGAUGCACAGACGGUGUUCGUGGCGGGGGCCACGGGGCAGGCAGGCGCUCGGAUCGCCCGCAGCCUUCUCCGGGGCGGCUUCACCGUGCGGGCCGGCGUGUCCGACCUCGCCGCCGCGCAGGAGCUCGCCCGCAUCGCCGCCGCCUACAAGAUCAUCUCGCCGGAGGAGGCAAAACGGCUGAACGCGGUGGAGUCGGCGUUCGGCGAUCCGGAGGCGAUCGCGAAGGCCAUCGGCCCCGCCGCCAAGGUGGUGGUCACCGUGGGCCCCGCCGAGAAGUCCCCCUCAGCCGCCGCUGCCGCCGCAUCGGCGGUCACCACCGACGACGCCCUCCAGGUGGUGCGCGCCGCCGAAUUGGCGGGGGUGGGCCACGUGGCGGUCGUCUACGACGCCGGGACGGGAGGAGUAGCAGCGGGCGGCGCGUCGACGUACAACGUGCUGGACGGCAUCACUUCGUUCUUCGCCAACCUGUUCGCGCAGUCGCAGCCGCUGACGCUGGGGGAGUUCCUCAGCAAGGUGGCCGAGACCGACGUGAGCUACACCCUCAUCAAGGCCUCCCUCACCGACGACUACGCGGCCGAGGGAUCCUACGGAUUGGUCGUGUCCCAGGAGGGGACCACGCCCGCUGGAACCACCGCCCGGUACAAGGUGUCUAGAUCACAGAUUGCGACGCUUGUGGCAGAUGUGUUCUCCAAUACGGCUGUAGCUGAGAACAAGGUUGUUCAGGUUUCUACAAGCCCCUCAGCAGCUUCAAAGCCCAUAGAUGAGCUUUUCGGCGCUGUUCCUGAAGAUGGAAGGAGGAGAGCGUAUCAAGAGGCCUUAGCGAAGGCGAAAGCAGAAGAGGAAGAAGCCCUGUCGGCUUCUCAGAAAGCUCGCGAGGCCGCAGAAGCCGCCAAGAAGCUCGAGAAAGAGGUGAAGAAGCUCUCGGAGCAAGAAGCGCAAUCUGCGAGCCUAGCACAAGAAGCCAGAGAAAGAGCAGAAGCUGCGGGCACUUCCCUAGAGAACCUCAUGGAUCGGGCAAAGGGAUUCGGAAAGGACUUCUCUUGGGAGAAAUUUAGCUCGCAGCUCAAAAGUUCUGCUGCUCAAAAGCCUGAGGAAGAGAAGCCUAAAGCACAAAUUGCCACCGUUAGGGGCCAGGCAAAAGCAGAAAAGUUGCCACCCCAAAAAGCAGUUAUAAGGCAACCAACACAGAAGCAGAGGCAGACGCCCUUACAACCUGAUCCAAAGCCAGAGGUGAAGAAGGUGUUUGGUGGGCUUUUUAAGCAAGAAGUAAUCUAUGUAGAUGAUGAUUGAGUUUUUUGUAGAGAGAGAGAGAGAGAGAUUGCAAAUAAGGUUCCAAUUGCAAAUUUCUUACUCCACUGCAAAUUGUUUCAUUCUUCUUUGAAAUUAUAGUCUCGCUAUUUCUCUUGUGCAAAAUUGAGGCAUGCAUGGAUUUGAAGAGAUUAGCCCUGGCUUUACAGAAAAUAUACAAAGAAGUGACCACUGGCAACUAGAUUGGUUAAUUGUA